GCUUUCAAGCCUCAAAGCACCCCACCUUAGUCUAUUGCGGCUUCACGCGAUGGACGCGUCUCUCACGUGAUGCGCGUGUCGGUCGCGUCGAGGGAGCUUUGGCCACGGUGAUGUCAUACCCAAAAACGCGACAUCAUAAAUGUUACCGUUUGAAGUAUCGCACCUCUUCAUCCCCCUUCGAGUGACCUUCGGCACACUCGCGUUCUCACUUAAUCCGGCACCAUACAAUGCCAGCAUCAAAGCGCCAGAAAACCAGCAGCGACUCCAGCGUGAGCGCGCAGCGCAACGACUCCCAUUCUCCUACUCCACAGGGGAGCGAUGAGAGCCGCUCCGAUGCGUCGGAGAAGCGCGACAAUGCUCCAUAUGCAUACCAUUGCAUGCCCCGCCCCUUCUUCGAUGUGAAAAACGAGAAUUGGGCCCGCGGCGAGAACCGUCUCUCCAGCCCCGACUGCUACGAAGAAAUUUACGCCAAAGGCUUCGACGAAGCGAAGGCGCGAGGUAUCUUUGGCAAGCCCGCUGUGGAGUAUAAAGAUUGGAAGUGGGUCAUCAUGAAUGAUGCGUCGGAGAAAUCGGACUAUUGGAGGAGGAAGGCGCUGUACUGUGAUCCGGACAUGUUUGGCAUGCAUAUUUAUACGGAUUGGAAGGGGUGGGGGUUGCAGGAGCUUGUUGAGAAUGUGAUUGUAGAGUUCGACAAGGGAUUUCGCAAGGCCGGUGGCGAGGGCGUAGAUGAAAUGUGGGCUGUGAUGAGCGCCCUUGGGUUUUCGUUGAAUGCAAAUGAUCUGGAAGGUUUCAUUAACUGCGACGAUGGCCCGAAAGCAUGUGAACUUACUGGUCUUAUCGGAUACGCUCUUCUCACGACUUUAAACUCUAUCGAGCAAGCCGGAGAGCUCAAGCCGGAUUCCAAGUACAUGGAUCUUCCCUUGGUGAUCGGCUACUUCCUCGAAUGGUCGCACGACCUCCCCGGUUACGGCAUCGAAGGCAACGCGGUAUCAUGGCGCAACGACGCAGUCGCAUACUUCAAGGACGCCAACCUUGACCCGAAGAGAGGCACCUUCAACACGGAACGAUUGCUCGACAAGUUGGAAGGCGCACUUAACUAUGAUAUGAUAGGGGAGGAGUGCAAUAGUGUAAUGAGAGCCCCGGAUCUGGUCGGAGAACACGAUCCUCCUAAGGGGACGGAAGAAGAUCCGUGGGGUUGGGACGAGAGAAUUAAGAAAUACAGGCGCAAACAUGAGAAGAUGGGUGGGACGCACUAUGAUAUCACUAAGUUUACGAGAGCUCAAAGGAAGUACCAUGUGCUUGGGAAGAGGAAGAAGGAUCCGCUGGCGGAUUUCUCGGUGGAGGACCUUAAGGAUGACAUGGUGGACUUCGACUGAGACAAGAGGAAGUGAGCGAGAUGUUCUCGGAGUUGGGUCUUGGGUAUGUGUUGUAUUAGUUGAAUGGCUUUGUCGUACUUCGAUGCGUAGCCUAAACUAAACCCGGCACCUCGGCUGACUUCACUGAACCUUGCCUCUUGCGUCGACGGGCCAUAUCUCUUCGAUGAUACCGUUC